AAAAAAAAAGGAAAAUACGUUUUUUAGUUUUUAAGAAAAAGAAAAUAGAAAGAAACGAAAAGUGGGAAGGAAAUGGUUUGAUAACAGAGGAGAGAGACCGGAGAUGGACGGCCACGAUGGGGAAAAAAGCCGUUACCGAUGGCCAAGAAGAAGAAGAAGAAAAUAGCCGUUGGGAUGACAGCCGUCGGUCGUGACGUGGAUUUUCCGGCGCGGAGGAGCGUCGCCAUACCCAAUUCAAAUUUACAAUAUCUAUAAAUCUCACCCCGCCCCCGCCUUCCCCUGUUUACAAAUGAAAACUCCCUCUCUCAAAUUGUUCUUUGAUUCUUCUUCUUCCUAACCUAACAGUUGCUCUAUUUCAAUCAACUCCACACCCAUCAUCAAUGUCUUUCUCUACUACUUCAUCCAUUGCAUAUUAUUUCCACGGCACUCCAAACAGCGAUCAAGUCCUGCAAGUUCGAUUUGGGGUUUGUAGCCGCCUGAUUUCUCGAUCUCCUUCUCCCGGAAUCAUUCCAGACCGAAUAUUGCAACAGACUCGUUCAACUCCGAUAGGAGAAGCUCUGUUUCCUUUUACUAAUGUGCGGGAUGUUGGAGAAGAAGCAGCAGUAGAGUUUUUGGUGAAUGGGUUUCUGCGUUCGUUCAACCUCCAUUCCUCCGUCUGCCAAAUGAUGUCUCGCAAGAUUUUGUCAUUUGCUCAACAGUUUGACGCCAAUAAUGGGAGCUUCAAAAUAGAAGCGAACAUCGAUUACAUGAAGGAGUUCUGGAUGGAAGCUGUCUCUUGGCUACACCCGAACUCCAUCAUCGGAGAGGAAGGGUUUGAGAUUAAUUUUGAAGAAGGUCCACCACCGGCGAGGAGAGCAGGGGCGCCGGAGUCGGCAAUUGAGAGAGUAAGGAAGCAGAAAUUUGAUGGGUUUAAAGAAGAAGAGGAGACGGGAGAGUGCUGUGUUUGUUGCGAAGAUCUAAAAAGAAAGGGGAUGGAGGUGAGUAGGAUUCCGUGCGGUCAUGUGUAUCACAAAUCGUGCAUCCUCACAUGGCUUGAAAGGAGCAACACGUGUCCAUUGUGCAGAAGAUCAUUAGAAGCAUGAGAUGAGACAGACAGCUUUCUUAAUUGGUAGUUUUAUGAUAUGUUUUGAAGGAACUUCUUCUCCAACUAAUGUAAAAAGAAAUCAGCUUGAUUUCUUCUUAUUCUUCUUCAAGUAUUCAUGCAUAUCAUAUGAAAU